ACUUCCGGGUUGGCCUACAAAAAUACGUCAUAAGUGCGGCACUCAAUGGCGUGCAUGCGCGAGUUCCGAUUGACUUUAACAACAACGAACAUGUAACGGUGAAAAAAUACAGCAUCUACCGUGAUGUAUGUGACCACCUUCCUGCGGUAUAUGAGGUUUGGUGGUGGAUUUUCUCUUCAGAUUGUUCAGAGGAGGAAUCUCUCUGGAGCAGAUGCCAUAAAUGCUCUGCGACCAUUUUACUUUGCUGUGCACCCUGAUUUGUUUGGCCAGCAUCCAAGAGAGAGAGAAGUGAACGAAAACUCCCUCAAAAGGCUAAAUGGUUAUCUGGAAAAUCUUCAGAAGCCCGGGGUGAGGUCUCCCAAACCCACGCACCUCACUUUUUAUGUUAGGGACACAAAGGAAAGAACAGAAUCCAAUGACAGUUUGCAAGUCUCAGGAUUUCGGAUAGUGAGCUUCACCCUUCAGUCUAAGGAUGUUUUAAACACGGUGCUGGACGUUCUGAAGUCCUGUAGUCUCUCCGUCGAGCAUAUCCAAGAGCUGCUUAAGACUGAGACUAAACCGAGCUCAACACAACAGCCUGAAACAUCUUUCUAUCGGCCCAUCAAAUGGGACAAGACUUACUACACUUUCACAGGCUUCAGAGAUCCAGAGCAGGAGUUAGAACAAGCCAACAAAGUGGAGCCAACACUCAGUUUAUGGCUGAAGAACAAUGAGCCAGAGGCCACAAAGAAACAAAACGCCAGCGUGCCACACCGUGAGGAGCUAAAGAGACUUAAAAGAGAACUGAUCCAUAAACUUGGCCUGCUGGACAUCAGAUGGCAGCGCAAAUGGGGAGUUGCGCACAAAUGCUGUCAGCUUCAGAGUCUAAGUCGUCUUUCCACGCAGAGCCCUGAAGCCCUGCACAACCUGAGAGGACACAUAAUAGUUUUUACUGACCAAUCAGGAAUGAACGCCUCAGGUCAUGUGAUGUUAGGAACAACAGACGUCCACCAUCAGUGGGCAAAGCUCUUUGAAAGAUUACCCAGUUACCACAGUCUGUUACAGCAGUCGGAUUGGUUGAAGGAGCGCAUCAGUCACCUGUUGGGUGGGAUUCUGGUGAUACACAUCGAGCGGUUGGGACCAGCUUUGCCCCUGGAGGAACACUACAGCACCCUUAACACCUUUCACAAGAGACUAUUGCCCAAACGCCUCUCCCUGCAUCCACGCAGCCUGCAGGGCCUCACCAUGACUCUGGAGAAUGACCGCUCCACCCCCUGCCUCCAUGAGAUGGGGCACUUCAUCAUCCCCACCAUGUGUGACAUCUUACAGCUGCAGAACUUCCUUCAGAGUCAGGCACAGGAGGCUCGCAGGCGCACCAGACUCAAAAACCUGUUGGAGGCUGAGGAAGAGGACAUCAUAUCAAGCUGUCUCCAGGAUCUGUCUCUGCGCAGUCUUUCGAAAGAGCCCAGCGUGUCGAGCAAUCAGAUGAUUCCCUGCUGCAGGCGUCUGAUGGAGGAAAAAUCUCCUCAGAUGCAAGGUCUUCAUCUCUGCGUUUCACACUUUUAUUCUGUUAUGCAGGACGGCGAUCUGUGUAUACCCUGGGACUGGAAGGGCUAAAAACAAACUGGAUCAGUUUGGAUUAAGUGUUACUGAUAGGUUUUUUACAAUAGUGUCGUAACCUGUGUCUCUCAGGCCAGUGUAGAGUUUUGAGAUUUUGGAAACCGUAUAGGUGAUUAUUAAUGCACUUUGGUCCUAAAAUACUAGCACAUAUAUUUUUGUGCUAAAUUAAAAAUGGUUCCCAGUGAAGUCAUAAUAUAGCUUGGUACGAAAAGGGAGUUGUGCACUGCCAACCUUAUGCAUACAUGUAUUCAACAGAAACACUAAUAAUGCUGAGUCAUUUCUGUUUUAAAGCGUAAAACCAAUAAGCAUGAUCAUUUUUUAAACCUUUUUUUUUUUUUGUGGUAGUUUACCAUGCUGUGUUGAGGCUUUUUAAUAUUGAACAUUAUUUGUUUGGUUCAAGUUUUCAAAGUGGUGCUGGAUUGGUACUCUACAUAAAUAAAAAGUUUAUCAGGUUUUUAUCAAUGGCACAGCUGAAGUUCAAAAAGCAAGUAUUCAAAAAAGCUGAAUAUCUUAAAGGGUAUCAUUGUUGUAAUGUAAUGAUGGGUGUCUAUAUAUUCAGGAAUGGUAUAUGUUCUCUUCAGAUAUAGUAUACUGUAUGUACAUUAUCAAUCUUAAAUGCUUUGAGGUGAAGAUUGCCAUGUAUUUAUGUUGUUUUCCUGCUGUUGUAAUUCAGAGUUUAUAAUAUGGGUGUAUGUUUGAUUUAUGUUAAACUGUGCGACCACAAUGUUUAAACAAGUAUUGACGGUCAUUAUUUCUACUCUCAUUUUUAUUCACAUAUUUGAUUUACAAAGUUUUUGUUACGACAGUAUCAUAACUUUUCCUUUGUAACAAUUAUGAAUGAAUUGAAUGUUGAAUUGCAUCAUGUAUAAAUAAACUAAUACAAUUGUA